AUGGAUUCUGAAAACAACUUUUCUCAAAUAUCUCCUCCUGUCUUUGAUGGUGAGAAUUACCACAUUUGGAAAGUAAGAAUGGAGAUUUAUCUUGAGGCUUUAGAUCUUUGGGAAGCCAUGGAGGAGGAUUAUGAUGUUCUUCCGCUAUCCGAUAAUCCCACGAUGAAGGAAUCUGAGACUGUCAAAAAGUACUCAGACCGUCUUCUUGGCAUUGUUAACAAGGCGCAAGAGCAAAGGAGACUUAUAAGGCAGGAUGGUAUGGUGGAAGUAGCUUUGGCAGCCAACCACAAGACUCAAAGCAAGGGUAAUAAUUCAAGAAAAAAUUACCCAUCUUGCCAGGACUUUGGCAAAAUAGGUCAUCCUCCAUUUAAAUGUUGGAAGAGACCAGAUGCACAAUGUAAGAUUUGUAAUCAACUUGGCCAUGAAGCCGUGAUUUGUAAAAAUAAAUCUCAAAAAUAUGAAGCAGAUGCUCAAGUCACUAAAGAAGAAGAAGAAGAUCACUUAUUUAAAAUCAGAAUUGGGAAUGGUGACUAUAUUUCUGCGGAAGGACAAGGGAAUAUUGCAAUUAAAACAAUUUCAGGUAUAAAAAUAAUUUCAAAUGUCCAUUACGUGCCCGAUAUUGAUAAAAGUUUGUUAAGUAUUGGUGAACUAAUGGAAGAAGGAUUUAAACUAUUGUUUGGAGAUAACUACUGUCGAAUCUUUGAUUCCACUGAUCUUGAGAUUUUACAAAUUGAUAUGAGAGGCAAAAGUUUCUUAUUUAAUCCAAUAGAAGAUGCACAUAAGUCAUGCAAGAACAAAGCUGAAUUGGCAGAUUUAUUCAACAGGUCAAAUUCAGCCCAAGCGGAGACAAUUUCUGAUCCAAGAAGAAAAGAAGUUGAACUUGUUGUUCGAGAAGAAGUGGUUAUAGACAGUGAUGGUGAUGAUGAUGAUUCUGACCAAUCUAUUGACUAUAGAAGUGAUGUGCAUGAGGAUUUGAUGAUUGUGGAGAAAAAUGUGAGAAAGUUUAAGAGAAGAAAUAGAAGGAAUAAGAAGAAAGAGAAACCAAAGGAUUUUUUGGGUGAAGUUGGACUGAAUGAUGGAUAUGAUGAUAUCGAUAAGGGAAAUAAAAAUUAUAAGGAUAAACUAACAGAAGAUAAGCCAUAA